CUGGGUAUUAGAGAUUCAGAAUUACUAUAGUGAUAAAAUUUCUGAUACUAAUAUCAAAAAGGCCAAUAGAGAGCAGAAGGACAGAAAUCGGAAUAGUGAAAAUAACUAUAAUGACCGAAUGGUUAAAGUGCUAGAUAAACCCUAG